AUGAACGCAUUCAAUGCAAAUUUUGGCCAGGAUGAAGGCGUAGCUCGACGAGGUGCGGCACCGCGGGCCAAUAUGGAACGCGGUGACUGGCAUCGGUCCGAUGAGGAGUCCGACGACGAUGAGCCGGAUAUGAUGGAUCCGGAAAUCGCCGCCUCAUCGGACGAGGAGAACGAUGAGGACGUAGAGGACAGUGGCUACGGGUCAGAAGAGAGCGAGGCAGAGUCGGCGGUGAAUCCGGGCCACCAGGAGGAGGAAGAAGACGAAGAGAUGUGGAGAGAGCUGGACGAGGCGGUAGCCAUGAUGGAGAAUGAGUUGGCGGAUGAAGAAAGCAGCGAGCGAAAUAGCCCAGAUGUGUAUGCGCCGUGGGAUCAGGUAGAAAUACCUGAGCCACCGGCACAAGCAUGGGAGCCAGCACGGCCGCCGACGCCGUUUCGUAUGGUGGACUACAUGUCCGAAGCCAGCGAAUCGGACGAGGAGGCCGUGGCUGGUGUGGGCGAGGCGGAAGGAGUGGCCAGCCAAACACCGGAAAGCGUCGAAAAUGUGUCGCUACGGGAUGUAUCCCAGAACCUAAAAGCGAAAGCCAUCUCAACAAACAAUAGCGAAAGGGGUGCAGAGGUGUGGAGCACCAACCAAGCGCAGGAUACAGGCCGAGACAACGACCCGCAACGGUUGCAGGAGCAAAAGGAAGGCAAGAAGGGACGACGAGGGAUUGCGAAGUGA